AUGGACUUUGGACCAGUGGAAAAUGAAGCUGGCAAAGCAGUAAUGAGAAACAAACAAAGGGCAGAAGAACUGAAUAUGUACAUUGCAUCAGUUUUCACAGUGGAAGAGAGCAGCAGCAUACCAGACCUUCGAGGGUUAGGGGCAGGGGUGAAUGUAGCGGUCACCACUAAGGAGAAGAUGCUGUGGAAGCUGAAAGCUCUGAAGGUGGACACAUCAUCCAGACCAGAUAGACUACAUCCCCAAGAUAUCCACAAUGUGACCAACCAGACUUCCCAAGCCUUAAGGGGGUCCUUUAAAAUCACCCAAGGAGCCUCAUACACGACUAUGUUACAGAACAAAUCCUCAAUACAAUUCAAGGCACUUGCCUUUGAAGUCGAACACCUGGUUCAGAAGAUGUUCAUGCAUGGUGGACUCCAUGAUGAAUACAAAUACUGUCAGGUCUUACAAUUCAAAAACGGGACCGUGAUUGUAUUGUUCAAUCUUUAUUUCUCUACCACUGUGUCAAACAUCAAGGUGAAGACUGAAAUGCAGACCGCCAUCGAAACUAAUCAGGGAUCUUUUCUGGGAAACUUCCGAGUUGACACGGACAGCAUUCAGAUCACAGCACCAGGAGAAUGGACAACUCAACAACCACCAAGCAAGCCAACACCAACGACAACUUCACUUACAGGUGUCAAUCCUGGAUCUGUAAGGAUUUUUUCAAACGAGGCCACAGCUGAAUUCUGGACUGAUGAAUUCACAUCUUCUGACUUUGGUUUCAAUGCAACGUUCACCGUGUUUAACAUUACCCUUACCAGCAAUCAGGAGAAAGUGAACUGCAGUUUUGAGAAUGGAUUUUGCUACUGGAGACAAGAUCGAACUGACGAGGGUGAUUGGGAGAGAUUCAGCAGGCCAACUUACCCACCAUUAACUGGCCCAAAUAAUGACCACACAUAUGGGAACCAAUCAGGAUAUUACAUCAUGACUCCAUCACAACCAUUUAACAAGCCAAGGAAGAUCCGACUCUUCAGCCCUAUGUUAUCUGUUGGGACUAAGCCUUCAUGUCUUGAAUUCUGGUACUACAUGUAUGGAAUACAAGUUUCUCGCUUGCGUGUUUACAUCACCAACAGCACUAACGUGUUACAGACAGCCUUCCAGAAAGAGGGAAACUACGGCAAUCAGUGGAAUUAUGGACAAUUGACGAUAAAUGAAACCGAGAAAGUAAUGGUUGUCUUUGAAGCUGUUAAGAAUAGUGGACAAUUCUCUGAAAUCGCGUUGGAUGACAUAUCACUUACAAAUAGCAUCUGUAAUGAGAGUGAAUACCCAGAGCCAACAGCUGAACCACAACCCACAACUCCAAUUCCUGGACCAACUGACUGUGGAGGACCUUUGGAACUAAGGGAACCAAACACAACCUUCAGCUCAAUAAAUUUCCCCAAAAACUAUGUGAAUAAUGCUUCUUGCACAUGGUAUUUAAUUGCAGACAAGGGUAAAAAUAUCCAACUCCAUUUUGAAGACUUCAACUUGGAAAAUAUUUUUGAUGUGUUGGAGAUCAGAGAUGGGAGAGGAAAAGAUUCAUUACUGAUGGGUGUGUAUACAGGUCACCGUUCAUUGAAUGAUCUCUUCUCCACCAGGAGUGAAAUGACCGUGUUUUUCACCUCAGACGAGACUGCAACCAGAAGCGGAUUCCAGGCAAAUUUCACAACAGGAUUUCACUUAGGACUGCCAGCUCCGUGUGCUACCACAGAUUAUCAGUGUAGAAAUGGCUCAUGUAUUUCUAUGGAUAGGUUAUGCAACGGCCAUCAGGAUUGUGAAGAUGGAUCUGAUGAAAACCAUUGUGUGCGCCUAAUGAAUGGAUCUCGUAGCAGUGAUGGGUUGGUGCAGUUCAAUUUGAAGACCAAAUGGUGCUCAAUAUGUAUGGAUAAUUGGUCAGAGAACAUAUCAAAUGCCUUAUGUGUGGAGUUGGGCUUUAGCAACAUCAACAAAACAUCAUCAAUUUCUGCUGAAGGCAACGAGCCCGCUGUAAAACUGGAUAAGAACUCGAAUGGAAGUUAUGUUUUCAUACCAAGUACAAUAUGUCAUCAGAACAAAGUGGUGUACCUGAAUUGCAACAGGAAACCAUGUGGGAAGAGUCUGCACGAACCGAAGGGUCUUGGAAAGAUAGUAGGUGGUAUGGAUGCAGCAGAAGGCACAUGGCCCUGGAUCAUUUCUCUUCAUUUUGUCUUUCGGCAUAUGUGUGGAGCCACACUACUCAGUGAUCAGUGGAUCGUUUCAGCAGCUCACUGUGUUUAUGGGAGAAACCUUGAACCCUCUCACUGGAAGGCAAUCCUGGGCCUACACACACAGCUCAAUCUUACCUCCCCACACACACAGACUCGAGCAAUUGACCGAAUCUUGAUGAAUCCUCAUUACAACAGCCGGACUAAGGACAGUGACAUUGCCUUGAUACACUUGGUUUCUGCAGUGACCUUUACGGCGUUUGUUCAGCCUAUGUGCCUCCCAGACAGGAACCAGCAGUUCUUACCAGGAAUGAGUUGCUACAUUGCUGGUUGGGGUGACCUAUCUGAAAAUGGGCCACCAUCAAGUGUUCUGCAGGAUGCAGUGAUCCCUCUCGUAUCCAAUCAAAAAUGUCAAGAGGAGUUGCCACAGUAUAACAUUACGGGGAACAUGGUUUGUGCUGGUUAUGGAGAAGGAGGUGUGGACACAUGCCAGGGAGAUUCAGGAGGCCCUCUCAUCUGUAAGCAAGACAGUCAGUGGUACCUGGUCGGAGUGACCUCCUUUGGACAUGGAUGUGGGCUCCCUCACAGUGCAGGGGUUUAUGCACGCGUUACAAAAUUUGUGGAUUGGAUAGAAGAGAUUAUUAAAUUUUACACUAUUUGA